AUGCCACGAAGGAAAGCUGCCCUUCCACCUACUAACCGUCAAGGAGCAGCCACGCGUAGAUCAACGCGUCGCGCUGAGACCGAAAAUGGCGCCGUUCCAGAGAUCUUUAAUGAGAUGUUGAUCGAGGCUUACCACAAUAACCCAGAAGAUUUCAAACCAGAUCCUCGACCUCCAAAGAGGAGGAAAAUCGAAGUAGAGGACGAGCUGCCGACUUCACGAAACGAGCAUGACUCAGCACAGAACACGCUUCCCCCACCAGUAGUCCACCCCUUGACCGAGAGCGCCGACACUACUGUCCCUGCUCCGAUACAGUCAGUGUUCGAUGACGAUUAUCGCGAUUCAGAUUCCGACGCAGAUUUUGAGGAUGUAGAGAUUCUUGAGAAUGUGGAGACUGACACUGAGAACGAAGAGCCCAAAGCUCUUCAGAUUGACCUUUCGAGCUCUGUCGCAACACCAAAGCGUCUGGUCCAGAGGCGAAAGCCAGUCACUAAAGCUGAACGCGAAUUUCGUCUUAACGUGCAUAAGUGGCAUUUGCUUUGUCUGUUACUUCACCUAGCGACAAGAAACAAAUGGUGCGAAGACGAGGUCGUGCAGAAAACACUGAAGUCUUUAAUACCAAGGAAGUUAAUUUCACGACUACAUCUAGAGGGAACUCAAGCGGAGAGGAAAUAUGCUUUCGAUGCUGCAAUCGGUGAAAUUUGUAACAUCUGGCGGACGACCUGGAAAGUGAAUGCACGAGGUAUGCGACGUGCUUAUUGGAGAGAACACCUAGACAUCGAGAAAGAAAUGGAGGAAGCUGAGGACCCGUACGAUCUGGAUGAUUAUCGCCAUGUUGCGAAGCAACGCUCAGGGUCUAGGGACAUUGGUGCCCAGAUUUUUUGUGCCUUGUUACGAUCAGUCGCUGUCGAAACCAGGUUAAUAUGCUCCUUACAGGUAUUGCCAUUUUCACGAGUGGUGAAGGGCGAAACACCACAGAAGGACGAACCGAACUACAUACAAGCAGGCAAUCAGAACUUUGGGACUGCGAGAGCCACUUCAAAGCGCAAAGCCAUUAACGAGUCGCCGUAUCCUGUCUGGUGGGUGGAAGUCUUGAAUCCUGCCAUUGAUCAAUGGAUACCCCUCGAUCCUCUCGUGCGACAUACGAUCAACAAGCCAAGGACGGGAUUUGAGCCACCAGCGGCCGAUAGCCUAAACAACAUGUCUUAUGUGAUUGCUUUUGAGGACGACGGACGUGCCAAAGACGUAACCAAACGGUACACGGCGGCGUACAACGCCAAAACUAUCAAAAGUCGAGUGGAAAGUACGAAGAACGGUCAAGAGUGGUUCAGCAAGGUCAUGCACGUCUUCCAAAAAUGGCCUGAAAGCCGUGACGAUAUCGAGGACGCUGCGCUAGACCGCAGAGUGGCGCAGGAAGGCAUGCCUAAGAAUGUGCAAGACUUCAAAAAUCAUCCCGUAUAUGUGUUGGAGAGACAUCUUCGAGCUAACGAAGUGAUUGAACCAAGAAGAGAAUGUGAUGGAUGGUAUCGCAAGGGCAGAGAUAUCAAAGCAGGUGAACAACCAUUAAAACGAGUGCCUAAAAGAUGCGGAACUAGUGUACCCCCAGACGAUGCGGAACAGGAGGAAGAAGGUGUCGCGCUCUAUGCAGAGUUUCAAACACAACUUUACGUUCCGCCACCAAUCGUCGAUGGUCGUGUUCCCAAGAACGGCUUCGGCAACCUCGACAUAUACGUGUCAACGAUGAUACCAGCUGGAGGAGUCCAUAUCCGACAUCGCCUGGCAGCACAGGCGGCAAAGACUCUGAACAUAGAUGCAGUUGCUGCAGUGAUAGGCUUUACGUUCAAAGGUCGACAAGGGACAGCCAUCGUUGAUGGGGUUGUGGUGGACGAACGAUAUACUGCAGCAAUGAUUGCAACCAUUAUUGCUACGGAAGACGAGCUUGAAGAAGAGGUCAACGCUCAAAGGCAGGCCAUCACGGCCGACGUAUGGAAGAAAAUGUAUGCUGUUUUGAGAAUGCGUCAACGCCUUGAAGAGGAGUAUGGUGGAUUCGGCAAAAAGGCAGACGAUAGUGACGACGAUUCGACUUACGAAGAAAGCGCAGAAGGUGGCUUUCUCCCUGACACUGCUGGUGGUGAACCAACUGAGGCAUCAAAGGCACAAGAAAGAGCGGUAUUCAACUCAUUGAAGGCUCGACAACCAAUCGUACUGCCUGACUCAAUCGUCCGUCAGCAGGUAGUGGUGGUAAGGUCACCACACAAGCAUCAAGCACCAAAAGAAGAACUAAUGGAUGAAUUGUUUGGGACUGAGUCUGAGGUAGAGGGAGAUGUUCUGGACAAUGACCUCGAACCUGACCAUUCCAAAGCUAAAGGCUUCCCAGCAGAAGUUGAGUACGCUGCUGGUGGUUUCAUACCGGACACAAACGAAGGUGGUGGGUUCGUCUUUGAGGACGAAUCAGAUCAGAACCCUACCGUUGAAGAGACUUCCGGAGGUGGCUUUGUGACGGAGGAGGAGGUCGUUGACGGCGGCUUUAUACGUGAUGAGGACGAUCCAGAAGAGCAUCCACAUAUCAAGAUAUCUGUCCAGGCGCCUGAGGAGCAAUCAGAUGUGCAGCCAGAGGAGAGCACUAUCUCAAUUGACGACUUGUCUAUGAGCGUACCCCUCCCUCAGAAGCAAACACAUCUGGUAACGCCUACACAUGGUCUGCAACCAAUGCAACAGCCAGACGAUCCACACGUCGAUGAGUCAGAUGCAGGUUCGCUGUUAUCACACGAUCCAGAUGAGGAAGCUGCUGACAUGCAGUGGGUCGAGGAUGCUUUUGAAGAUUAG